AUGGCUAGCAGUGUGCCACUGUUGCGAAAUUCGCUACAAAAAGGAAAAUACGUCCCGUUUAAAAUUCCGCAGCAAUGUAAACACAGUGCGGCAAGUGCUAGCAACCAGCUGGAGAAAAUUCGGGAGCGAUUGGAAAAUGGGCCAAAUUUUCAGGACUUUGUACAACAUCCAGAUUAUAACAAAGAGGAUUGGUCCGCAUACGAAGGAAAGCUACGCCGUGAAAAGGGUGAAAAUGAACGGUUGCGUUUACCACCCUGGCUGAAGACAAAAAUUCCGAUGGGUAAAAAUUUUACGCGUAUCAAGGAACAGUUACGUGAGCUGAAGCUUGCCACGGUAUGCGAGGAAGCAAAAUGUCCUAACAUCGGUGAAUGCUGGGGAGGUGGCGAACAUGGCACUCAGACAGCUACCAUAAUGUUGAUGGGUGACACCUGCACUCGAGGAUGCCGCUUCUGCAGCGUAAAAACUGCACGAGCACCACCUCCACUGGAUCCGGCCGAACCAAUGAAUACGGCUACGGCCGUUGCAUCGUGGGGUUUGGAUUACAUUGUGCUUACAUCGGUCGAUCGUGAUGAUCUGCCAGACGGUGGAUCAAAGCACAUUGCCGCCACGAUCAAAGAAAUUAAGAAUCAAAAUCCUCGUAUUUUUGUCGAAUGCCUUGCGCCAGACUUUCGUGGUGACAUCGAGUGUAUCGAAACGGUCACAAUGUCCGGACUAGACGUGUACGCACACAAUAUCGAAACGGUAGAAGCAUUGACACCAUUUGUCCGCGACCGUCGGGCUCGCUAUCGGCAGAGUUUGGAGUGUCUAGCGAGCGUGAAACGAUUCAAUCCGAAUCUCAUGACCAAAUCCUCAAUAAUGCUUGGGUUGGGCGAAACAGACGAACAAGUUGAACAAACGCUCAAAGAUCUUCGUUCGGUCGGUGUCGAUUGUCUAACGCUUGGGCAGUACAUGCAACCUACUAAAAGACAUCUGAAGGUGAUCGAAUACGUGACGCCGGAAAAGUUCAAACACUGGGAGGAACGAGGCAAUGAGCUUGGCUUUCUCUACACGGCCAGCGGCCCACUCGUACGCAGCUCAUACAAGGCGGGUGAAUUCUUCAUCACUAGUAUUCUACGCAACCGAGCUAUAGAAGAGGCAGCGAAAAAAUCGAAGGAAGACUCCGAUACAGCCUCCGCCUCCUGA